AUGACUUCAUUUUUUACAACGCCAUCGCCAGCCAGCAAUCUUGACAAGGAACAGAUGUAUCUAGAAGAAUGGAUGCACAGUUCACGUCUUCUAUUUUACUCUGUCAUCUGUAUUUCUCUAUUCACUCUUCCGAUUCUAGCAAUUUCAUUGUGCUAUAUUCGCUUCAAAAUUCACCUGAGCGCUCACUUUCUCCCAUAUUUCUACUCAAUUUUGAUUGCGAAUUUCAUAUUAUUAACUACUUUAUUUGCAAGUGUCAUUGCGAAAAAUACAGAGAGCGCUUAUGAUGCCAUCCCAGGAUUAUUGGUUUGCAAACUGGCUGCAUUUCUUGUCAACUCAUCUUCCAGCUUCAUCCAUUGGACAUGGGUAGCCAUGUUUGCAGAGCGAUGUUUCUACUUCUAUUCCCCACUCCGGUAUCGAGUUUAUAGCUCAUUUCGAACCAAAUCAGUGAUCACUGGAAUCGCCAUUUUUUCCAUGUGCAUACAGUUUUGGAUUCCAAUUUUUAUUACUGAAAAACGGUUGAUUGGGGAAACGGACAAUAUUUAUUGUGGAGAGGAACCGAGUCAUUCCAGCCAAACCCAACUGAUUUUAUUUCUCGAAUGCAUUUGCACAUUUUUCCUCCCACUGAUUCUCACCAUUCUUGCCGACAUCUCAAUUUUCACAUGGAAAAGUUCCUGGGGAGGAAUUUCGUUCAAUUUAGUUCCCAAAGAAGAGAUACAAGGAAAAAGUAGCGAUAGUAUGAAGAUUGUCUCAUUGAGAAGUGUCAAGAAUUCCAAAAAGCGAAGGAUAAAUGCAAUUCGGAGAUGUUUGAUUUCGGCUACGAUUACGUUGUUUCUAAAUCUUCCCAAUUACAGUUUACAGCUACUCGACGAGUUUUUCAAUUUUCGCGAGAGUGAGUCUAUUGAUGUUCGACGGAUCUUUUUAAGGAUUGAUGCAUUUGUUUAUAUUCUGUUUCUCAUGCAAUUCCCAAUAACACCAAUUCAUAUUUUCACACUCUCAAGGACCAGGACUCGGAAAGCAUCACGCCAAUUCAGCCUACCAAUUGUUCUGUGA